AUGGCCAAAGAACCAGCUCUGGCCGAAGCUGCACGUCUAUUGUCACAAGCGGCAUCUAGCCUUAUAAAUCAAAGCUCACAGCCUUCAACAAGUAGAAGUACAGAAUAUUCAGCAGUCACCAAUCAGGCGGAGACAAACAACAGGCCGGCGAGAGCGAGGGAUGUUUGCUGUUUGCAACGUAUAAUCAAGCAAAUGCGUCCACCUCUCGUUCCGUUCCAUUGAAUGGCAAUAUACCCCAACGAAGAGCAUCUACAAAUCAUCAUGCAAAAGCACUGAAAAGACGAAAAUCAGUGAAAGAAAUAUCAAUAAAGUUUUUCUGUCUUGCGAGCACCACCCAGCGAGAUGUUCCGAAUAAUGAUGAAAAGCAACAGUUGCUCGUCGCUGGACUUGGCGAAAAGAAGGUAACCCUACAAGCAGACUCAACUUCGUCUGAUGUUGUGGCUGCACUAAAGGAAACAUACCCAAAGUUGACCGAUGGUGGUGGAUAUGAAUUUAUGUACGCAAAAGCCAGUUCUCGUCAGCUUUCCGUUAUAGAUGAGGGAGAAAAUGGGUAUACCAUUGAGUUUCUCAAACAGUUUGUCGGACAAGGACGAGUAUAUAUUCGCCCAAUACAUUGCGAUCUUGACUUAAAAGCUAUGGUUAAAGCCAAAGAUCAAGGAGAAAUCAUAGAAGAAAUCUGUAAUCAUUGUAUGAAUAUAUUCCCCUUGAAUAAGUUGAGGGAACAUCUUUACUUAUGUCCUGAAAAUAAUACGGCAACAACGGCAACUACCUCGAGAAAUACCAGGUAGGCUUACACUACAGAUUAAGGAUAAACAGCUCUUAUCCAUGAGUCAAUUCCAUGAGUAACCAUGCCCCCCCCCUGUAAUAUACCUGGACAUUAGCAAUUUUUUGGGAGGAAAAAGGUAAAUCCCUUGCUCGCUGGGAGACACCAGGAGGGAAAUGUAUGCCCCCCCCGGACAAUCAUUAGAUGGCAAAAAGUAAAUUGACACUGUUACUGAACUAAAGUUUAAUACCAGAAGAUUUUUUAUAAUUGAGUUUUUUCACUAGUGUCAAAUGUUUGGGGUCUUUUAGCCGCCAAACAAUGGGCCCGAUCCCUAACCUGUGUGCAAAUUCACGGCCCCAGGAAUGGUGUGCCUAGCAAAUGCCCGGCAAUGUCCCAGGGAGGAGGAUGCUUACUAAUGGAAUUGACUCAUACAUUAUUUAGAAAGAUGUCUAGACCCUCCUCCAACCUCCCCCCACCAAUAUCAAAUUGCUUCUUAUGCCACUCGUCAAAAUGGGAGUUUACCUAAAUUUACUAUUACAGUUGAAUUCCCUGAAUGUGGCGAACUUCAUUUGGAACUCCGUUGUGAUGUUCAAAAGUUCUCACUGAAAUUCACAAGCCGGUUUGUAAACAAAACCUCCGAUUGAUCCCUGUACAAAAAUAAGCCAAUCAGAGGCUUUGUUUACAAGCCGGCUUGUGGAUUUCAGUAUGAACUUUUGAACUUCAUAACGAAGUUCGGAACAAAGUUCGCAACAUUCAGAGAAAAGUUAUGUGAAAUCAACUGUAAAAAGUAAAAUUGAUAGGAUUUGAGGGCACUCCUCCAGAAAAUUUUCAGAUUUUCCAUUCCUGCAGGACAGUAUUUUUGGCAAUUUCUGAUGUGGAUUUUCUUGGAAAUUGCUGUAUUCUUAGGAUUUAUUAGAAAUAAGACAAAUUCCUUCUUAUUUCCUUCUUGACAACAAAAUUUCCUUGCUAUUUCGUUGUAAUGUUUAUUUCCUAGGCAACAAUCACAUUUCCUUGAAAAGGCCAAAAUUUCUUUUUGCAACAAAAUUACAGUCAGUUGAUGAAGCACUUGUUUAAUUCACCCCCACCCAUCAUGCUAUAAUUUCAAAUUUUUAAUUUGCCAAUAGUGAAUAACCCCCACUGCCUCCUGCAGGCUUUUAGCCAGGGUUCUAAAAGAGGGCGUCCAAUUUUGGUAUAACGAGACAUCGACAGUAAGGGGGGGGGGGGAGAAAAUGUCCCUCUGAAAAACCUUUGAAGUUUAUGUUACUUCAUGUCAGUAUCUGUUCCAAGCUUGUUUGAAAUUUUUCAAAGCAUUUGGCUUUGUGAGUUUGUGCCGCUAUGCUUCUUUACUUAUAACUACGAUAUUUUUAUUCAGCCAGGUACACCAUCAAAUUGAUCAAAAUGUCAAAUGUAUAAUAAUAAUGAGAAUUGAAGCUGUUUUGUUUCAGAUAUAUUAAUAUACUUAGGAAAACAAUUGAAAAUAAUUUCCCUUUCCCCCCAGAAUUUGGGCAUCCAAAGGUGUCCAUUUUUCAUUCUAGGGGCGUCCCAGCCUUUCUGGCUAAAAGCCUGGCCUCCUGUCUCUACAGUAUCUGCAACACCAUAAAUUAAAUAAGUUUUUAUUAACCAGUUAUUUCCUCAUUUGAGUUUCAAUGUUUAGUCAUGUAAUAAAUUAAUAUGAAAUAAUAGGGAUCAGAAUAUAAGUGUUAUUGAAGUUGAUGAUGCUCGUGAUGCUGAUGAAGAGGAAAUACUACCUGAGGCUACCUUCCUGAAUAAUCCGAGUGAAACAGACAAUCCAGAGACAAGGGUAAAUACCAAACUAAAACUAGAAAUACAUAUUGUACAUGCAUGCAGCAAUAGUCUGUGUGUUGUGAACUAACACUUUCGAACUAACACUUUCGAACACGCUGAGUUCAAAUCCGAAAAGUUCCCACAUGAAGUAUUUGAUGAUUAAAAACAAUAGUAGUUGCAAUGCUAACAUGAAAAUAAUAUGGGAAAAUAUUAAACAAUAAGUAUAGGAAAUUACACAGUUCGAGUAUAGCUGCAGGGGAAACUUUAAAAACUCGUUUUGCUGACAAUAGUUUGCACGGAAAUAGGGUAAAAUAUAUUUGCUUUUGAAAUACGCACAAGCUUUUUGUUACUUAUAUUUUGGUCAAGCCACAUUUGUUGCAGGAAAAAGACCAUUGUAAGGGGAUAGUCAUUAAAUACAGUGGGGGGAGGGGGGGCGGGGGGGUUGGAGGAGAAACUGAAAUUUUUAACAAAAUUUUUCAGACCAUCUAUUACAUAAUGGACGACAACUUUGCACCACUUAGCACUUCGCUAUAUUCUCAAAUAUGCGAGUGUAAAUAGCCGAACGGAAUUAGUAACUUUGCCCGGGCCCAACAACGCCCGAACGGCGCUGUUGGCUCGGGGAUGAUAAAUUCGUGCGAAUGGCUUCACAAAACAAUAGUUACAGUGCUUCCUUAGAAGGAUAAUUUCCAUACUUCAUUGUCUUCAUGAACAACCAAUUACUAAGUUUGUUCAUAUAGGUUGGUGGCGAGACUGGCGACCCAGAGUCUACCAAGAUGCAGGACACAGAAGAAAGUGAUGAUUUACUGUAUGCCUCUCUUCUGUUCCAUGAGAUUAAUGCUGAAUAUCUAUCAGACGAAGAUACUGAACUAAUUGAAGAAAAAGUUGAUGAAAAUUCUCCAAACGAUGAUGAAGUUGUUCUGGAUAUUAGUGAUAUUUUACAACAGCUUGCAUCUGCCAACAUCGAUAAUGAAAAAAUUUCCAAAUUCAACAUAUGCCGCAGUAAUAUUUGCGAUGGUAUUUUUAGAGGAAUGACUAGGAAGUCAUUUUCUCCAAACAAAAAGUUAUCAGUCAAAUUUACUGAUGAUGUCGGUCUCUCUGAAGGUGCAGUGGAUAUGGGUGGGCCAAUGAGGGAAUUUUUUACUUUAUCCCUUGAAGCAAUAUUAUCAAGCAAACUUUUUUGUGGGCAAGAGCAUUCAAGGUUGUUGUCUUAUGAUGCUAAGGCUCUGAAACAUGACGAGUGCGUCAUGGCUGGUCAGUUGAUUUCAAUGGCUCUAGUUCACGCUGGAGUAGCUCCUAGUUGUUUUAGCCCUGUGUUAAAUAUUUGAUUCUCUUAUUAAAGGCCAUGCGAAAGUUCAUGUUCCUAUUGAUGCUGUGUAUGAUCUGGAGCUGCAGUCGUCUCUUAAAAAUUUAAUGUCUGUUGAAUCGGUCAAUGAAGCCAAUAGGUUGAUAGCAGAUAAGAAAUUAGAGGAAAUUCAAGAGCGUUCUGGCACCCUCUGCGAAGCAUAAGCGAUGUUAAAGAUGUGGUUUGUGAGAUUGCUCACUGGUAUGUCCUUGAUAGGACUAGGGCAGCCUAUGAGAGCUUUAAAAGUGGAAUAACAUGCUUAGGUUUGCUUGAUGCUGUUAUUAAGAAUUCCGAUUUGGUCCAAAGAGUGUUUUGUUUCUACCCACAAGUGUUAAGUUCUGAUUCAUUUGAGCAACUUUUUGUUGUGAAUAGAAGUGAACAACUCUCCAACAGAUGGGAGGUAGAGAACAGACUUCUCGCGUUUUGGAGAGAUUUCCUGUUGGAUGUUGAGGAAAAGGAAUGUGAACUCAGUUUUUCUGACAUUCUAUUUUUUGCAUCAGGGUUGAGGGUUGUUCCUUGUCGAAGCAUUUUGCUGCAGUUAGAAUUCUUGCAUGAACCAGAACAAAAUGGUCUUCUCUCAAAGUUUCCUAAAGCAAACACUUGCUCCUGCAUUCUCCGUCUUCCUGUUGUCCACACUCAGUAUGUUGACUUCAAAUCUGAUUUUCAGUUUGCUGUUAGAAAUGCUAAGGGUUUUGGUAUACCUUAG